AUGGCGCCUGUCCCAACAGCAAGUACCGACGGCCUCUACACAGAAACACACACUACCCCAGACGGCUCUGCUAAAAGAUUGAGCUCUGGCGCCAAGACGUCCCUUGCUACUUCGCCUUCGCUUUCCUCUUUUAUAAAAAAGGGCGCUCCCAUCGUUGCUAUCUCACCUCCCGCUCCCUCAACUAUCACCAUGUCAGCCGCAGCAGUCGAGCAGGCAGGCCAUCGUCGCGACUGGUCUGGCUUCCCAUCGAGCCCUGACAGCUCUCCCGAAGUCGAAUCUGCGGCACCAAGCCUGACAACUGGCUCCACUUCGGCUUCCGUCGAGAGUCUCGAGUCGGUACAGGAUGCGCAUCAACGUAGCCUCAAGGCCCGCUUCAACUCGGGCAAAGGCGGCGCUUCCUUUGGCGCCAUCAACGGUCUCGCAUAUGGCGCGGCUGGUGUGCAGCCCCCCACGAGCUACAACAGCAGCCAAGACGGAGCAACUCUGAUUCACUCGGAGUUUGGUUACUGUGCUAACCCUGACUACCGCUACACUUCACAACAUCGUCGUGGAGAUCCGCUUCCCAGUCCUGUCGAAGAAGAACCAAGCUACUUUACCGUGCUCACGACCUAUAUCAGCUACAUUAUUCUUAUCCUUAUCGGCCACAUGCGCGACUUUACCGGAAAGCGUCUCUUCCCCAAGAGCUAUCACCAUCUUGUCGAGCACGACGGAUAUGCCGCACUCAAUUCGGAUUUCGACAGCUUCUACACACGUCGUCUCAAGGCUCGUAUGGAUGACUGCUUCAGUCGCCCCGUCACUGGUGUCUGUGGCCGAACCGUCGUUUGCCUGGACCGCGUUGCGCUCGACUACUACCAGACUUUCCGUCUGAACGGCGAAAAGACGCGUGCGCUCAACAUCAGUGCCUACAACUACCUCGGAUUCGCGCAGUCACAUGGCGGCUGCGCUGAUGCAGUUGAAACCUGCCUGCGCACAUACGGUGUCAGCAGUUACGGAAACCGACUCGGUGGCGGUCAUCUGGACCUGCAGAUCCAGACUGAGAAACUGGUGGCCAAGUUUGUUGGCAAGGAAGACGCCGUUGUCAUCAGCAUGGGCUUUGCUACCAACAGCACCACUAUCCCAGCUAUCGCUGGCCCUGGAACCUUGAUUAUCUCGGAUGAAUACAACCACAGCUCGAUUCGAUUCGGAGCUCGUCUCAGCGGCGCGCACAUCCGCCAGUACAAGCAUAACAACAUGAAGAAGCUCGAAUCACUGCUGCGCGAGUGUAUCAGUCAAGGGAUGCCACGCACGCAUCGGCCCUGGAAAAAAAUCCUUCUUAUUGUCGAGGGCCUCUACUCGAUGGAGGGUACCUUGGUCAACCUGCCUGAAGUAAUGCGUCUCAAGGACAAGUACAAGUUCCACCUGUACGUUGACGAGGCUCACUCGGUCGGUGCGAUCGGCCCCCACGGGCGUGGUGUGUGCGACUACUUUGGCGUGGAUCCCGCCAAGGUCGAGAUCCUCAUGGGAACUUUUACGAAAUCGUUUGGUGCCGCAGGAGGAUACAUUGCAGGUGACAAGGCCAUAGUCGAUCGGAUUCGGUUGUGCAACCACGCCAACGUUUACGGCGAGACGCUCUCGCCUCCGGUGUUGACGCAGAUCAUCGCAUCGAUGGCUUCGAUCAUGGGUGUGGGCCGAGAUGCCGAAGAGCUGGCACUUCUGCCAAGCUGGGUUCAGCUGCCACGCAACCUUCUCGACGGCAGUGAAGGUAGUGAGCGAUUGCGUCGACUUGCCUUCAACGCUCGCUAUCUCAGCAGUGGUCUUCGCAAGCUCGGUUUUAUCGUGUAUGGACAUCGCGACUCUCCGAUUGUGCCACUGCUCAUCUUCCAUCCUGCCAAGAUGUCACUGUUUUCGCGAAUGAUGCUCGACCGUUCGUCGGUGUUGCCACCUUCGCAGCGAUUCGCUGUUGAAACGUCGCACCUGACCUCCGAGCAGCUCAAGGCGAUCGAAGACCCAGCUUCGCCUACCAACAUGGACCGUCCUGCUCGCCCACCGAUUGUGGUGGUCGUGGUGGCGUAUCCUGCCACUCCACUGAUUUCGUCGCGUGUGCGAUUCUGCGUCAGCGCUUCGCAUACCAAGAAGGAUAUCGAUGAUGUUUUGCGUGCGUGCGACGAGGUGGGCACGCUGCUGCAUCUCAAGUACGGUUCCGGUGGCCCAGGUGGAAGGUGGCCGGUCGACAAGGUGAUUGAUCGCUGUCUGGAUUUGGUUCACUGGAACGGCGAAGACGCGAUCAACUAG